AUGAACUAUUCACUAGACAAUAAUAUAUCAUCAUCAGCUUUAAGAAAAAGAAAAACUUUAAAAAAAUCUAUUAACUUCUCAAUAAUGAUUGUUGGAGAAAGUGGAUCAGGUAGAUCAACUUUAAUUAAUACAUUAUGUGGAGGUAAUUCAAUAGUUCAAACAUCAUCAACAAUAAAUCAAGAUCCAUUUUCAAGAAAAUUAACUUUAAGAAAUGAAAAUGUUGAAUUAGAAGAUAAUGAAGGUCAUAAAAUAAAUUUAAAUAUUAUAGAUACACCAAAUUUUGCAAAUCAAAUAAAUUGUAAUGAAGAUUUUAGAAUAAUUGUUGAUUUUAUAAGACAUCAAUUUGAUGAAGUUUUAUUAGAAGAAUCAAGAGUUAAAAGAAAUCCAAGAUUUAAAGAUGGUAGAAUUCAUAUAUUAAUAUAUUUAAUUAAUCCAACAGGUCAUGGAUUAAGUGAAAUUGAUAUAAAAUUUUUAAAACAUAUUAAUAAUUUAGUUAAUAUUAUUCCAAUUAUAUCAAAAGCUGAUUCUUUAACUCCUUCUGAAUUAAAAUUAAAUAAAACAAUAAUAUUAGAAGAUUUAAAUAAAUAUGGUAUAAAUUAUUAUAAAUUUAAUGAAUAUGAAUAUGAAUCAGAUUAUAUUGAUGAUGAAAUUAUUGAAUAUAAUAAAUAUUUAAAUUCUUUAUUACCUUUUGCUGUUAUUGGAGCAAAUGAAUAUAGAAGAAAUCCAGUUACAAAUGGUACAACAACAAAUGAUGAAAAUGAAGAUGUUGAUGAUAUUAUAAAAUUAAGAGUAUUAAAUAAUGAAUUAAAACCUAUAAAUAUUGAUAAUUCAGAUAUUAAUGAUUUUACAAUUUUAAAAAAUGUUUUAUUAAUUACUCAUUUAAAUGAAUUUAAAGAUAUAACUCAUGAUCAAAUUUAUGAAAAUUAUAGAACUGAAGCAUUAUCUGGAAAAACUUUUCAAUAUAUGAAUAAAAAUAAUUCAGAUGAUGAAGGAAGUUCUAGAUCAUAUACAACAACAAGUCAACAAAACCUUGAUUUGAAUGGAUCAAAUGGUCAUGGAGGAUCAAAUGGAAAUGGAUAUCAUCAUCAUCAUAAUCAUAACUCAGUCAAUCAUAAUGAUAAAAAUAAUGGUCAAUCAUCUGAUUAUUUAAUGAAAGAAGAACAAAUUAAAUUAGAAGAAGAAAGAUUAAAAAAAUUUGAAGAAAGAGUUCAUCAAGAUUUAAUUACAAAAAGACAAGAAUUAUUAGAAAGAGAAAAUGAAUUAAAAGAAAUUGAAAAAAGAUUAUUAGCUGAAGGUUUAAAAUUAAAUGAAAAUGGUGAUGUUAUAAAAGUUGAAGAUGAUUAA